AUGGCGCGGGUAGUUCGGGACGUGCUUCUUGGUUAUCUAGCAACCUUUGGUUGCUCCAGAGAGAUAGAUGAGGCUGUUUUAGAGUACGCCUGUGGCGUGAUGCAGAGCAUGAUCGAGGAUGACGGGGAAGACGAUGAUGAAAGCUUGAUCCACCUUGAUGCACUUCUUGCGGGUGCGUGUGGUCAGCCCUACGAGCAGUACUCCGAGGCGGAGCGACAAGAGCAGCUGGCGACGAUAGUUCAGGAGCCUCAGAAUGCUGGUGCACUGGCAUCUCAUAUUCGGGCAAUUGCUCUUUCACCCGGUAAUGAGCGGAACGCGGAUCGGCGCGGGGAAAAUAUGCCCCUCGUGGAUGAGCCGACUGGGACGGGGCAAGCAGCAGCAGUAGUGAAGGAGCUAGAGGCCCUGUGCUCAGGAGCGGUAUCGACUGAGUUCCUGGAUUACGCCCUGGAGUGCAAGUUCCAUUUUAAUGCCGAGGCGCUGGCGGCAUGGCUUCUCGACUCGGACCGCACGGAGCUUCAAAGAACCGAGGCGCAGUGGGAGGAGCAAAGGCGAAAGGGGCUGCAGGACGACGAGGCCGCCCGUCUUCUGAAGGAGCGAAACAAACAGCUAAUCCUGCAGAAGUUUGAUCUGCGCCCGGUAGCGCAGCCGACAGAUCCCAAAAAAGGUGGCAAGGGAGGACUCCCGUUGGAGUUGUGGACCGCGAAGCAGGACCAGCAGGCGCAGAAGCCCAAGGUGCGCUACCUUGAUGGCCGCGUAGUGAGCACCAAGGGCGAAAAGUUCAUCAUCGAAAAGACGAGUGAAGAAUGGGAUGGCGGCAGCCGUGGCAAGGUGUACACCAAGGGGAAGCGGGGCAAGGGCUUCAUCUAG